CUGAGGAGUGGUUCACUUCAAAACUCAUCCUGUAAAGUCAGAUAGCAGUCAAAAGUGUGGAGUUUCAUCUAUCAUCAUCAGAAACGAAGAAAGAGGGAAGAGAAAGCACUCAGCAGAUUUCCUACACAUACUUCACAAACUUGAUUGUAGAAGUUUAGCAAUGGAGGCUUUCUCUGCUGAUAACAAUUCAACUGACCUACCCUCACAGCCCUGGUAUGAACCCCAAGUCAUUCUCUCCAUGAUCAUUCUCAGCCUCACUUUCUUAUUGGGAGUGCCAGGCAACAGCCUAGUGCUGUGGGUGGCUGGCUUCAAGAUGCAGCGGACAGUGAACACGGUUUGGUUUCUCCAUCUCACACUGGCGGACUUCCUCUGCUGCCUCUCCUUGCCCUUCUCCCUGGCUCACUUGGCUCUCCAAGGACACUGGCCCUAUGGCUGGCUCCUCUGCAAGCUCCUCCCUUCCAUCAUCAUCCUCAACAUGUUUGCCAGCGUCUUCCUGCUGACUGCCAUUAGCCUGGAUCGUUGUCUCUUGGUCCUCAAGCCAAUCUGGUGCCAGAAUCACCGCAAUGUGGGGACAGCCUUUGCUAUCUGUGGAUGUAUAUGGGUGGUGGCUUUUGUAAUGUGUAUACCUGUGUUCAUGUACCGGGAAACAUUCACUGUAGACAACCAUUAUAUGUGUGGCUACAAUUUUGGUCUCUACAGCUCAUUAGAUUAUUCAGACUUCACCAUUGAUCUCCUGGAAAAUGGGUCUCUUGACAACUCCAUUGUUCAGAUGCCUGGAGAAAUGGAUGAUAGAUUAGAGUCUUUCUCUUUACAAACAAAUGAUCUUCCUUGGACAGCCACCACUAUCCUCUAUUCUCAAACAUUUCAAAGACCUUCUGGAGAGUCACUCCCUAUGGAUUCAGCCAAAUUAUCUAGUCAACAUCCAUAUUAUAAUUUAUUUAAACCUCCUGAUGAGGUCUCAUCUAUAAUCCCCAGUGGGUUUCCCAUUGAAGAUCACAGAAUUGACCCACCAGAUAACUCUGAUACUUUUCUCUCUACUGAUGCAGAGCUUUACUCUGGUACUUCCACCAAUUCCUUAUACGCAUACGAGCUAUCCCAAGAUUUCCAGGAUGAUGAUUUAGGCCAGUUUUCAUAUGACAAUCAAGUACUAACACCCCUGAUGGCAAUAACCAUCACUAGGCUAGUGGUGGGUUUCCUUCUGCCCUUUAUUGUCAUGUUGAACUGCUAUGGCCUCAUUAUCUUCCGAAUGCGACGGGGCCGCUUCACCAAGACUCGGAUCAAAACCUUGCGAGUGGCCAUGGCUGUGGUGGUUGUCUUCUGUGUCUGCUGGGCUCCAUACCACGUCGUUGGAGUCCUGUCACUGUUUUUUGGCCCAGAAACUCCCUUUGGAGAAGCUCUGCUGUCUUGGGACCACGUGUCCAUUGCUCUAGCAUCUGCCAAUAGUUGCUUUAAUCCCUUCCUCUAUGCCCUCCUAGGAAAAGAUUUCAGGAAGAAAGCAAAGCAGUCCAUGAAGGGCAUUCUGGAGGCAGCUUUCAGUGAAGACCUCACACACUCUACCAGCUGUCCCCAAAGCAAAGUCUUUUUGGAAAGAAACAGCGUCAGUACAAAUGUGUGAUGAUAUGGAGCCGUUGACCCAAGCAGAGGUUCUUAGGUAUUCACCCAGUGCAAAAUGUUUCUAAAACAACGAGGGAUAUCCUGAGCAGGGGAUUUCAGAAAUCAUCAAAGAAUCAAUCCAUAGGUUCUCAAAAGUAUGGUCCGAGACUAGUGGUAUCAGUGUCACCUGGUAACUUGUUAGAAUCACCUAGAAACUUGCUGAAUCAGAAUCUCUGGGGGUGGGCCCCAGCAAGUGUUUUAACAAACUCUCGUUUCUAAUAAAUGAUACAAUUAGAGAAUCAGUGUAUAAAUUAGUCUAUUUUUAUCCCAAACUAAGCCAUUGAGAUCAAUGAGAACCUAGUCUGUUUUAAAAUGAUUUUUCCAUCAUGCAUUUUUUUCUUUAGUAUUGUACAAAUCCCCUCCCAGAUUCAAUUUAAAACCGUUUCAUCUAGUCUUACCUGAGUGAAAAAUGAUCAUUUCUUUAUGGCUUUGUUGUGGUGGUGGUGAUGUUUUUCAAUGAAAAGAAGGUGCAAAAAGAAAAAGUCAAUGAAAACAAGCAGUUAUGAGACUGAGCCUGGAGCAGAGUACAACGUCAGAUGUCUGCUAUUUGCAAUACUCCUGGAUACAGGACAUGGGAAUUCCAAGUUUCCAUUAUUACAACUAAAGAGGCAUCUACUGUGUAAAGAUGGGCUGCUAAGGCAUCUGAAAAGUGACUCAUAAAAUGGCAUGUAAGCUGCAGUUUGGGGAGUUUUCUAUUUGUUUACUCAAUCUGCCCAUUGAUAGAACCAUCUCUUGUCCAUUCCCUUUCCUAAGCUCCUUUAGGGUUAUUCCUCUCCUGGCUCUAAAUCGUCUUCCAUAUUAGACUUUGUGCAUCUAAUAACCUCUAAUUUCAUAAGAUUCAAAUCGUUCUUCUCCUCUUGCUUGAAACUAAUAUUCCCUAAGACACUCAUUUCCAAUGAGAAGAGAAAGAGGGUGGAGGAUGGAGCAGUAAUCCUUGAAUUCACUGCAUAGUGACUGAGUACCCUCCAGGAAUACCAUCCAACUUUGUUUUUGUUUUUUUUUUAAGUUUUUAUUUUUUUAUUUGCGAGAGAGUGAGAGAGAGAGAGCCCAAGAGGGGGGAGGGUCAGAGGGAGAAGCAGACUCCCUGCUGAGCAGGGAGCCCGAUGCGGGACUCGAUCCCGGGACUCCAGGAUCAUGACCCGAGCCGAAGGCAGACGCUUAACCAACUGAGCCACCCAGGCGCCCACCAUCCAACUUUGUAAAGCAUGGCUACACAUAUGUAUCAUUCACCAGGUAUAUCUUUAGGUUUUUAAAAUUAAUUUUUAUCUUUCCUAAAGCAAUAUAGAUGCAUAUAGUUUAAAGAGAACCCAAGGCUUAUAAUGAAAUAUAAGACGUUUCCUGCCCCUCUCUGCCCGACCAAUCUCUCCUCCCACUCCCAUCUCCCAGAAAUAAUACUUGCAACAAUUUUAGACAUUUCUUCUGAUAUUUACCAUAAAUCAUGUGAUUAUGCAACUAGUUUUCAUAUACAUGAUAAGAUCACUUGUCUUGAAAGAUGAAUUUAUCCACAUUCGUAUUUUUUGCUUAUCCAUCAUCCUAAUAUUCAUUAAUCAUCAUACUUCAAUUUGCUCAACACCACACACUUUCUUCUAUUCUGUGGAUCCAUUCUAACCAUACAUAUAGCUUUCCUUCCAUCCUUUCAUUAAAAAAACAAACAUUAUUUAACUCUAACACCUUCUCUUUUGUCUGUGUAUAUAAACUUUAUUGUGUUAAACUUCUAAAAUCUCAGGUUUGUUUGUACUACAAUAUAGCCUCACCUAAGCGGAAUAUAAUUAUUUAAUCUAAAAAAAAGAGAGAAAAUGAGAGAUUUUAGACUUGCAAGCCACGAUUAUUUGUUCAGUGAUUGAGGUGAGGCUCUAGACUAUAAACAAGUAAUAAAGUACUAUGUAGAAAAAUUGCAAAUCACUGGGAAGUCUUUCAAUUGUGAGGUAACAAUGUCUGACAUGAUGUAAAAUUCGCACUGUCACCUUCCAAUGUAAUCUUCUUAUAUAUUUAAUAUGAAUAAAUGCUUUCUUUCUUGUGG